AGAGGGGGGUGGCGAUAAAAUAAAAAGGGUGGCGGAAUAUAAGAAUUGGUUAUCUAAAGAAGCACAUCUUCAUUUUAGUAAUUUUUCAAUUCCCCUCAAAACAAAACUUCUCUAAAAAAAACACCAUGAGUGCUGAAGAACCAAUCCUUUGGGAAGAUGAAAUCAUAGUAGAGCUAAAAACCCUAACACCACAACAAGUAUGGCCCCACUUUGCAGAUUUUUGCUCUGCUCACAAAUUAUGUCCUAAUGUUGAUAAUUGUUACCUUGUUGAAGGUACACCAGGAGUACCUGGUUUAAUCAGGUGUUGUGAGUCCUCAAUCUUUUCUGGUGGGGAUGUCCAAUUUGCUAAGGAAAAGCUUCUUAUGAUUGAUCCAUCAAACAUGUGUAUUUCUUAUCAAGUUCUUGAAAACAAUGUUGGUUUCAAGUAUUAUGUCGCAACCAUACGAUUGUUUCCAAUCAACGGUGAUGAUGGAAGGUGUAGAUGUAAGUUGGUGUGGUCGUUUGUAUGUGAUCCUGUUGAAGGGUCUACAAGAGAAAGUUUUUGUGAGGCUAUCAAAACUAUGGGAUUAAGCUUAGCCCAAAACUUGGAAGAAAAUUAUUCCCAAAUUAAAGCUAGUUAAUUACUCUAUUGUUGCUAAGAAAAAUUGAAUGUGGCAUGUUAUGCAAGAUCAUGUUUAUUCGAGCCUACAUCAUCUUAGCCCAAAACUUUCAUUCAUUGUCUGAAUAUCGCUUGGAGACUACAUCAUCUUUAUGUAGAAUUCGUAGUCGAAUUUAUUCGAGCCUUCACAAUGGAUUAGAAUUGGUGCUAUAAUUUAUUAUUCAUGACCAAAUUACAUUUUUAAGUUGAAAUAUAAUGUGAAAAUUUUCGCCGUAAGUCAAUGAUAAUCUAACAAUAAGAGUGUGUUAUAAGAUCGCCUAUAAUUUAGGGGUUCUUACAAGUUUUAAUCAAAGAACGAAAGAAAGAACGAUGAAAGAACGAUGAAGGAAAUGGUGAUGGUGAAUGUCGAAUGAAACAAAUUGAUUUUUUUUGGUGUUCUUGUUUGAUUUUGGAAAACAGCAAGUAAAGGAUAAUAAUGGUUAAUUUCGAAACUCACUAUAAAUCCCUGUAGCAAGUAACGACGCUCUUAAGACAUAGGUGUACGCGCCAAAUACAUCAAGCAUAAGAACUUUUGCAAAUACGAAUCUAAUCCAAGAAUCAUACAAACAACGGGGAUUGAAACAAAAGGUUUCGUGUUUUCUUUACAUUAAUCAACUCUCAAAAACAUAAUACAUGUUGAACUUAUAUAUAAAGAAAGAAAAAAUGAAAGAGACUAACUAUAUACAGGUUUCGGGUGUACCAUG